GUCAUAGCAAAAAUGUUUCUGAUUACAUACCCCCCGGUAUUGUAAACGUCGUCAUAGCGACUGUGAUUCUAAUCGCAAUCAAAAUGGCCGCCGAAAUUUCAAAAUUUGUGAAGGCCAUUUGAAUGUCUGAAAUGCAGUUUCCUCCGUUGGCUCGACCGUCACUUAUUGAUCCCAGACCCGUUAAAAACAAUGGUAUAUUACCAAAAUCCUACUCCAUAUCUUGUACGAACAUCAAAUACAAUUUACCCGCCGUCGACACCCUGCAGCCUGGCGUGGAAAGUCAACCUGGCAAACUGGACAUAUGGCCUGCAAAUGCCGAGGGACCAACUCCCCCCGUCGUAGUUAAAGAAAAGCCAACAAAGAGCGUUGAGUUUCUUCCCAAGGGAAAUCAAAAACCAAGAUUUCUUAAUCAACUCGAGACUUUCUUACAAAAAGAACUCAAGGCAUUAGACUGCACAGAGAAAAAGCCAAGUGAGAAGAGAUUACAGGUGUUUCGUGAAGUGUUUGAAAACUUGAUUGAAGAUUUCAAGACAUAUCGUCCAUUGUUGUCUGCAAUAAAAAACGAGUAUGAAAUGAUGCUGAUACAUUUGAGGGACAAAAUACGAGAGCUUGAACCAUUGAAGUCUAUGCUGGUGACCGUCUCAGAGAAAUGUGAGAAAAGUUUGUUGGAAAUAAAGGAGAAAGAGAAAGAAGAUCUUCAAGUGAUCAAAGAUGAAAACAAAAGACUUCAAGGUGUCAUUAGAUCCUUACAAAAUGACAAGUUGAUGAUGAAAGCACAAGUUGAAAAGCUUCAAGAUGAACUUGGCAAGGAAUAUCUAAAAUACAGAAACGAAUGUGACGCCAGAAAGUUGUUGAUUGCCGACAUCAACGAUCUUCGUGCUCAACACGAAGACAUGGCGAGGACUUCACGAGACCAACACGACGACAUUUCAAAGACAGACAUGGAUUUCAUGGAUGGCAAGAGCGAAGAUCCGGUUUUUCUCAGAAUAGCUUUAAAAAAAGCGCGGGAAGACAUCGAAUUAAAGAAUAACAAACUUGCCCAAAUGGAAGCAGAUUAUGGUGACGUGGUUCCCAGGCGGGAUUAUGAAAAACUCAAGGAGAGCUUCCACUUGUUGGAAAACGAUCUAGAAAAAAGUCGUAAGGAUCAAGAACUUCUAAUGAAUGAGCACAGUGCUCUUCUAGAUACACAAAGAAAAAUGGAGAUAGAGCGAAAGGAGUACGUCAAGGAAUGUGAGAACAUGCGACGCUGUGCAACACCUAGACCGCGCUGGGAGAAAUGCGGUCAGUAUAUUGAAGGUGGGGUGGAAAGAUGGAAAGAGAUAUCACGUGAUCAGACCAGUGACGUCAUGGUCGAUCUACUCCUAGCCGAGAUUACUGGUACGGAUGUUGCAGUUAUUCAAGCAGGAUCGGGCACAAUCGAGGAAUUUUUUGAAGGACUGGGGACUGGAGCGAAUGUUCCAAAAUAUCUACGUUGUGAUGGAAAGAUUCGGAACAAAAGAAUCAGUAAACGAGACGCUUUACUUUUGAUAAAAGAUGUUUGGCAAGAGAGAAGGUUGACUAAGAUAGAGAAAUCCGAUCCAGAAUACGAGUCUCUCCCUUGCUUCCUGCACACGUAUUUGGAGCGGAGAUAUGGAGCCGAGAACCUGACGUUCGAAUGGGCUUAUAAUCUCCACGACGCAUGCGUAAGAUAUCAACACGAUCCAAGGAUUUCAAUGUUUAAUGGAAUAUUAUUGGAUGAGAUUGACGAGUCUGUGUAUCACGACCAACGUGCGAUGUUUAAAAGACUCUCAAAUUCUUUGAAAGCUGUAAAGAAAGAGGAUGAAGAUCACUCCGAGGAUUGGAGUGUCACGAAAGACGUUUUGAAGACAUGUCUACAAGAAGGUUUUCAAACAAUGAGUGAAACAAACAUAACAGAAUUAUUGACUGUUGCGGAGAGCGAAAUGACACCAGAAGGAAACAUCCUGUAUAAAAAUAUUCUAAAAGAGCACAAUGAGGGAACAACGACGUUGUUUAUGGAUAAAAUUGUUGAAUUUGAUCGCAUCGAAAGAAUUGCUUUUGUCAAAGAUGUAGAGAAUUCUCUACCGGCAAAAAGAGAAAUUAACGAAGAGGAGCUUCGUCAAGCCAUCCUUAACGUAAAUCCGACGUUACCCUCGACAUUACUUGAUCAGUACGUUUGCCGAGCGUGUCCCGAGGGUUUCACGAAGGCUGACGAUGUUGUGGAUCGAGGUACAGUAAUCAAGAAAUUGCAAGGUUUUAUUGUUCGACGUUUUUAAAUUGAAGUUAAGAAGAGAGAUUUGACAAGGAGUCUAUUGACAGGUUGUAUAAAAUUAUUUUACACAAUGUUUUUAUUUCCCAUUGUAUUCAUGCUUUCUGUUUCCCAAAUUAUUUAUCUUCUCCGAUUCAUAAGGUAUUCAUGUUCGCUAAAAAUUGUUUUAAAAAUAGCAUUUGCCAUGUCGGAUGGCCUAAAUAACCUAAUAGUUCUUAAGGGAACUGUUUUACAACUAAUGCCAACCAAAUAAUUUUAAAAAGAAGGACAGUUUUAAAAAGUAAAAGACACGAUACAUUUCGCCGACUUCUCAUAAGGUAUCAAUUACAUUUUACUAUUUAAGAAAGCGUUAAA